GAUCACUUCCCAAAUGAUAAAAAAUCAAGUAUUGAUUCAGAAAAAACUAAUCAAAAUACAAAGCAAAAGAACUUAAAGACUGUACAUGAUUGUAAAUCAAAAUCUAAAGCCUACAACGAUCCAGAGUACUUACUGGCAGUAGAUUUGCUUAACAGUGAUUAUGCUGAUGUCGAAUUUGAAAAAAUGCAGACAGGAUCUUUAAAAGUUUCUGUAGAUGUUAGCAGCACAAUUAAAAUUGAAAACCUUGCAAAAAGUGAACCAUAUCUAAGUUGUGAACAAAUUUUUAUGGAUAAAAACACUAACUUCAAUAAUCAUGCAGAGGAAAGAAAAAGAGUUGAAAAAAGUAAAUCCAGCCAAAAAACUGAAGCUGUCAGUGUUUUACUUGAGUCAAAAAUUGAUUCUUUAAGAAGUAAAACUGGAAACGUUGUUGAAAUUAAAGACAUAAAGCAAAAGCAAGGAACUUGUGAAACAACAAAACACUGUUCAAGCAACAGACAGAAAGAUAUUCUAACAGGAUCAGCUAAGAUUCUUAGUAGAGAGGAAAAAGAUGAAAAAAAUCAAAAGAAUGAAGUUGAAACAAAAAAAAAUGAACCAGUAAAACAUCGUAAGACAAAUGUUUGCAAAAAUUCAGAGGAAUACUUCGUAAUUGAAAGUAAAAUAUUUCUUAAGACAGAGAACGUAGAAGAAUUCAAACAAAAAAGUGUUAAAAAAGAAGAAAAUAAACAAAGUGACAUUGAAAAUCUUGGUCUAAUAAAAAUUGAACCAAAGCAAGAAUAUGAUAAUAACACCAGAGAUUGUCAGGAAAACGAGAAAGAAAUGAAAAAUGAAAAUGAAAUUUUAGUCAAAAAAGAGAACGCUGAAUCUGCUGGAAGCACAGAAGAGAUAGAUGAAGAAGAAUCUAUUAUUAGCAAAUUGAGUAUUAAUAAGACUAUGAAAACUUAUUCAAAAAAACAAACUUCUACAAAUGACAGUGAACCUGAAAAUGAAGGAAGUGGAGAAACGGCUGAUUACAAAUCGUGGAAAAAAUUGAUUAUGUCAGUUUAUAACACUCUUGCUACACAUAAAUAUGCAUCCAUAUUUUUACGACCCAUUACAGAAGAUCAAGCUCCUGGCUAUCAUUCUAUUAUAUUUAGACCCAUGGAUUUAUCGACAGUGAAAAAGAACAUAGAUAAUGGUACUAUAAGAUCAACUACACAUUUUCAGAGAGAUAUCAUGCUUAUGUUUCAAAACGCAAUUAUGUUCAAUAAGGAUAAUACGUUUGUUUUUAAAAUGACUUUGGAAAUGAGAGAAGAGUGUUUACAGCAUAUGCAG